GCGGAUAAUCGCAACGUGAAUUCAGUGUAAUUCAAUCAUAUCGAUUCGUCGAGAACAAUUGCGACGUAUUGCGUCUGCAAUAGUAUGCAAAAAUGUUGCUCACUAAAUUGUGUCGAAGUGGUAUUUCACCAAGUUUAGUCAACUUGGUAAGAACUCCGGUUAACUCGAAACCAUUUAUUUCAAGGAUUCAAACUUCGAGAUUAUUUGCUAAUGAUGGACGAAGUACAUUUGCAAGAACCUCUCGUAGAUCAACUACUAUUACGGAGCGAGCGAUGGCUCCUGCAAAAGAUACAGCAUUCAGUAUUGGAAAAGGAGCUGUUGCUGGUGGCGCUGCAUUAGCAUUGGGUUCUUUAUGUUAUUAUGGUUUGGGUUUAUCACCAUCUAUGGGAGCCAUAGAUUAUGCUAGGAUAUGGCCCCAAUAUGUGAAGGAUAGGAUUAAAACCACGUAUAUGUAUCUUGGUGCUUCAAUAGUAAGCAGUACUACAGCUGCAGUACUAUGUUUACGCUCACCAUUUGUCAUGAAUUUAAUGAUGCAUCAGGGAUGGGUUGCCAUGUUGGUAACUAUUGCAUCAAUUUGGGGUACUGGAAUACUGUUACAAAGUAUACCAUAUAAAGAAGGUUUUGGUUCAAAACAAAUAGCAUGGUUAAUCCAUACUGGUACUGUUGGUGCAAUACUUGCACCUCUGUAUGUAUUUGCUGGACCUUUAGUACUUAGAGCUGCAUGGUAUACUGCUGGUGUAGUUGGGGGUUUGUCUCUACUUGCUGUUUGUGCACCAAGUGAAAAGUUUUUGAACGUAGGAGGGCCAUUAGCAAUUGGUUUAGGAGUUGUGUUUGCAAGCAGUGUGGGAUCAAUGUUUUUGCCACCUACCACAGCUUUUGGAUCUGGUUUAUAUGCAAUGUCCCUAUAUGGUGGUUUGAUACUAUUUUCUACACUCCUUUUGUAUGACACACAAAAGAUUAUUAAACAAGCAGAAAUGUAUCCAACUCAUGAAUAUAUGGCAAGACCAUAUGACCCAAUUAAUAACGCGAUUUCUGUGUAUAUGGAUGUGGUGAAUAUCUUUGUAAGAAUUCUUACAAUUUUGUCCAGUGGAGGAAAUAGAAAACAAAAGUAAAGCUGGAGAACUUUUUUUCUAGUAGAGGAACA